AGAAAAGCAAAAGUAGUACGAAGAGCCCACUAGUGGUGUGACUUUUGGCAUAUUUCAACCAUAAGACUUUUUAAUGAUUUAAAAAGUCUACACAAUCCCUGUUAAAAUUGCGGGUUUUGUUGGGUAAAAAAAUGAAACCAAUAUAAAUCAUGUCGGAUCUUUUUCCACCUUAAAUGUGAUAUAGCAACCAACAGAACUCAAGUGAAAACAAAUAACCUGUUUGCUCAAGUGUGCACACCCCGUAACUGAUACUUUGUUAAAGCCCUUUUUGCUUGUAAUACAGUCUUUUUUGAUUUGAUAUGCACAUCUUGAUUUGGCAAUUUUAUUUCACUCUUCCUUCCUAGAUCUAUAAAAUUGUGAGGGGAAUCUCCUAUGCACAGCCCUCUUCAUCAUUCCACAUGUUUUUGAUACAAUUUACAUCUGGUCUCUGACUGGCUCAUUCCAAAAUAUUGAACAUCAUCUUCUGAAGCCAUUCUUUUGCUGACUUUUUUUUCUUUGGGUCAUUAUCAUGCAGCAUGAGGCUGCCACCAUGGUCUGGUGUACUUUGGGUAAUAUGCUGUCUUGUUUCUGCACCAAACAUAUCUUUUAGGAUUAUGCUCAAAAUGCUCUACCUUGGCGUCAUCACUGAGGAAGGGAUUCUGUCUAGCCACUCUACCCCAUAGCCCCGACAUUUGAAGAAUACGAGAGAUUAUCACAUGCAGGGAGUGACUAGGACUUGCCGGAUAUUCCAGAAGCUCCUUUAAUGUUGCCGGAGGUGUCUUGGCAGCCUCCCUGAUAAAUUUUCUUCUUGUCCUCUUGACCUUUCAACGAUGAGAUCCUGUACAUGCUUUGACAGCUCUUUGUGGACCAACACUUUAGCAGUCGGAUGAAACCAAGAUGAUGUCAAGAAAAUCCUACAGAAACAGCUGAUCUUUAUUUGGUGGUAAUCAGAAUCAUUUCAGUGAUGACAGGUCUGUGGUAAUUACCCUUGAACAUGAGUUUGAACGUGAUUGGUUAAUUCUGAGCACAGUCACAUUCCCCUUUAUAAAAGGGUGCGCAGUGGUUGACAUGAAAAAUUAUUACGAUGUGAUGGUGGUGCUGAUACAAAUUCUAAAAUUUAGGUUUCAAGUUAACAGUAGUCCUGAUGAACAGGAAUUCACACAGGAAGCUUCUUAAAGUUCCCAAAUAGGCCGGCACUUGUUGACUGCUCCUACUUGGGAAGUUGAUUUAGUUUAAAGUAAAAUAGUUUUAAGUAAAUUAAAAAUAUAUAUAAAUGUAUACAUGGUUAUUAACUUCACUAAUUAGCUUUGUCUUAGAAACAAACUUUAACCAUAAGCUUUUAACAAAAUUUCUCUAAGAAAAUGAAAAAAUAUUUAUUUGAUCUAGUGUGUGCAAAAUUGUAACUGGUAGUGUAUAUAGUAGUAGUAUAAAGUAUAGAGUAGUAUGCAAAGUUUCCAGAAAAACAAGGUAUUUGGACAAAAGUUUUUCAUCAGCUGUGCAAGUAAAUUGCUUUGACAUCCUAAAGUAUUACUGACGUGCACUGCACUUACUUAGUGGGUUAUAAAUUGCAUUGAUUAACUAAGUAUUACAUGUAUGACAAGGUUUUUCUGCACUUUUUUUCAUGAAGGUGUCAUGAGGUGUGAAGCGUGUGGAGCCACAUUUUGACCUGUUUAACUGCUUGUGCGUCCAGGAGACAGCUUUUGAAUGAAGAGCAAUUUACAUUCCACAACACAGAAAAUGGACACCAUUUAAGAAGUGUCAAAGGCUGUUUCUUCCCCCUAAGUCAUGUUUAUCCCUGCGUAACACAGUGCUAAUAGCUCCCGCUUACACCUACUUACAAACUUUUGUGAGUAGUAAAGGGAUUUAUAGUUUUUUGUUUUUUUUUCCCCAGCAUGUUCUGGUUUGACCAUCAAAUGUCCUUUGAGAAUCCAUGCUGUUUUCCAUCAAACCCCUCCAUUACUAAAAUAAAACCCUAGAUCAUAACUAGAGGCCAGGUUCACCUGGUACAAGUUUUUUUAGUCUUCUGUAGCAACAUUUAACCUUUAUGUAUUGUUUAGUCAAUGGAAAGCAAUUUGGCUGUGAGAUAUUAGGUGCAUUUAAAUAUUAAAUAAGAUGUUAAAAGAAAAGUUCAAAGCAAGAGUAACGCUAAGAACACCAAAGUGAAUAGUGGUGCAAUUUUUUUUUUCUUUUUGCAAAAAAACAACCUGUGACCAUUGUACUAUUUUUGAAGGACAGUAAUUCUAUGAACAUACAUCCUGCUCUGUUUUCUUUCUGUAGCAAGAGGUGUGUCUAUGAAGUCUGAAGCUGUUGUGUUAAUCUGUCUUGUGCCCUCCCCUAUGCUGCCAUUUCAUCCCUGCUAGCUACACAACAUUCCUCCUGUUUGUCGGAAAGCCACACUGGAUAUCUAUGGAGGCUCUUGGAGCUACACUGUUGCCUGCACUGCUUACUCUGUAUUGGGCCUUGGUUCAAGGUGUUGCUGCCAGCGAUUGCAGUAGCUUCAGGCAUCUUGAGAAUGGCCGGACAUUUUUCCGUUAUGGUGGACUGUACGUCACUUUCAGCUGUAACCCAGGCUUCAGGAUGUAUGGCCACCGCACCAGCAGCUGUGUGUCUGGCCAGUGGGCUAGACAUCCACCAUUGUGCAUCGCUCCGGGAUGUCCUAGUCCUGGCAAGCUCCUGCAUGGCACCACAUUGAUGUCUCCUGAUGGUUCGCUGGUCCAGUUCACCUGCAACACUGGGUUCAGGCUCUUUGGCUCGCCAUUGCUCUACUGCAAAGGCAAGAGCUGGAAUGGCAGCACUCCUGUGUGUAAAGAGUUAGACAUCAUGAACCUUUUCCAGCAGAAGCAAACAUCAUUGUACAAACCUGGUAUGGAGUUAAACCAAGACAUGACCAAUCUGAAAAACCAUUUCAGUGCUAUUGCUAUCACAGCUGCCAAAGAGACCUUUCUUAAAUCCUCUCUGCUUGGGGCUCCUCAGCCCAAAUCCCAGUUGAUGGGAGAUUUGUCUGAAGAAUCACAGAAACAUCUAAACCCUCCAACAAGACUGUGGUAUGAUCAGAUCACUACACAAGCUAGAGAAGAGACUGUGGGACUCGAAGACACAAUUAUUAAACUGCAUAACAUGGGGGAACCAACUACAUUUUCAGAUCCACUCAACCAACCACUAGUGCCAGCUAGUACAUUAGUGAACUCUCCAAAAGUCUCAACCACCACUCAGCUUCCUGCUACUUUAUCAAAACCCACACAGUCAACUAUCUUGGUCACUUCAACUAUAAAUGAUCAGCAAGAACAACAAGAAGUGUCAUCCAAAUUCCUAGAUCAGAUGCUUUCUUCUACACCCAAAGGAGAAGACAAGAAAGAAGACUACCUGACUGCAACAGCACAGAUGCAUCAUGAAAUUCCAGUCACAACUUUGCAAGUCCUUGAUGUAUCAAGGGGAACUAAUUUGGACAUGAUUCCAGCAACAGUUGAUUCAAGUGCAGCCAAACCACACACAAACACUCUUCAGAAUGGUCCCUCUCGAGAUGCACCUACAGUGUCUCCAGAAAUCCUUAAGAAUAGUGAAUUAUCUAGUGACAUUAGGAUCCUAAUCAAAGCUUCUACUGAUGAUCUUUCACAGUCUUUACAGGUAACAGAGGAAGUGAGUACUGCUGUCUCUACAACCAGCUCUCUUGACCUCACAGUAUCUAAAAUUGCGCCACUUACCUCAAAAUCUUUCCCAACAUCUUUUAUGGCUAGUUCCCCACCAAUAAGUCCUUCUGGGAUUCAUGAUGGAGAAUUUUUCGUCUGGAGUACUUCAGCAGCCGGGGCUGAGGAAGAUUUUCCGCCCAGGACGGAAGUAUCAACAGCACAUGUCCCUGCCAUACACUCGACUCCAGUUGUUACUACCGGUGAUCUUCUAACAAAGCGUCUGGCAAAGGGUAGCAACGUGGUAGAUAAGGAAAGUCUUGAGCCUAGUAGACUCUCGAUUGGUCAGAUAGAUGGAGAUUUACAGGCUACUUCAAGAUCAGGCAAAAAUGAGCCUGCCAGCUCUAGUCUUUUCACUCUUGAAAACAGAACACCAAUGAUCAGUAAUCAUGAUCAGGAAAAUGCAACACCUAAGCAGAGUGUGGUGAACCAAACCAUGGACUCUACAGCAAAACACAAUAUCACUGUCACCACUUCAGCAAUUUCAGGUUUCCCAGUAUUCCACUCCAUUAAACGAAGGCCUGUGUGUCCUUACCCUCCUUUACCUGCUCAUGGUACUUUCUAUUUCCAUACAAUACCCAACCCUGCUCCAUUCCAGUAUAAGCAUUACAUACAAUACGCCUGCUAUGCUGGUUACACGCUGGCCAAUGGGGAUGUGUACAGCUACUGUCUACAGGAUGGGCAGUGGAGUGGGGUCACACCCAUGUGUAUCGGGUUAACUCCGUGCUCUCUGAACAACGGUGGAUGCUCUCAAGCGUGCCAGGUGAAUGCGCACAAUCACGCCGAGUGUCACUGCGAGCCCGGCUUCCUGCUGCUGGGGGACCAAAGGACAUGUCGUGAUCUGGACGAGUGUGUGGAGGGACCGCAUGAGUGCCAGCAGGUCUGUGAAAACACCUUUGGCUCAUACAGGUGCAGCUGCAGCCCUGGUUUCCAACUUUCAUCCGACAGGAUGUCCUGCACCGAUGUGAAUGAGUGUGUGCUGCCUGCUGGCAUGGCACGCUGUGUGUUUGGCUGCGUCAACACACCAGGUAGCUUUCAUUGUCUCUGUCCUGCGGGGUAUAGCAUGAACACCACAGAUGGACAUUGUGAAGAUAUAGAUGAAUGUAUCGAGAAUACGGGUCUUGGACCAUGUGUGUACGCAUGUGUGAAUACUCCGGGUUCUUUCCACUGUGUCUGUUCAAAUGGAUAUCGGCUAGCCGGGGACGGGACGACCUGCAUCUCAGAGUGUCCUCCAGGAUACCGCAGAAAACGUUCUGAUCCGCUAGUGGGAAAUUCAACUGCACUCACUUGUGUCGAUAUUAAUGAGUGUGAGGAGAUGGAGCAAAUGCAACAUCACCUGGCGCACAAGUGUGAAUGGAAGUGUGUUAACUUGCCAGGCACACACCGCUGCAUCUGUCCACGUGGAUAUACACGGCAUCCAAAUGGAUACCAAUGCAAGGAUAUCAAUGAAUGUGCACUGAGGAAUGGGGGCUGUUCUCACGUAUGCAUGAACUACAGAGGCGGCUACAAAUGCGCUUGUCCCGAAAAUUACCGUAUCUCUCCUUACAGCAGGAAGACGUGCCAGCCAGUUUAAAAUUCACCAAGGAUAGUCUCUUAGCAUAACGUACUGUUCCACUCUUUACCUACUCAUCCACCUUGUCAUAUAAGGCUAAGAUUUAAAGUUUGUAUUUAAAGUUUGAUUUUUUCGAUCUCUGAUUUUUGUAUAUAAAGUUAAAAAUAGAAAGUUAAAUAUUUUAUUCUACUAAAGCCAACUCCAUCGUGUCCUCUAAUUUUUUUUUUUACAAAUUGUCAGGAAAUGAAUUCCUGUAAAGUAUUUGUAUUUGCAUCUAUUUCAGGUUGUUGUGCAUUUUUAGCAGUCAGUAAUUUAUAAGUACGGGUGAGUAUUUGUAGUUGUGAGGGAUUUCAGCUGUGAGGGGUAUUUGUGGCUCUGAGCCACUAGGCUGUGGGGGUUAUUUGGUUGUGAGGGCAUUUAGAUAUGGGGGGUAUUUGUAGUUAUGGGGGAAUUCAACAAUGGCAGUAUGUAGCUUGCGGGAGGAUAUUUGUGGAUGUGGGGCAUUUAGCUGCAUAGUAUGAAGGUAUGCAUAAUAUUUGAGUGUAGAUACAAGUUUGUAUAUGAUUGUGACAGGUUUGCAGUGUGACACCCAAGCACACAGCAGACUCGGGGGAAUGUUCUGAGGGUACACACUGAAGACAUUUGGGUUUGAGAUCAAAAGAUGAAUGAGACAAUAGAUCAGAAUUUCAGCUGUUCCUGAUAUUUACAUCUAGAUGUGGUGAACAGCUUAAAACAUGGCACCUUUUGUUUGAACCCAUCCAUUUUUCAAGUGAAAAAUGCUGGAACAUGUGGGUGACAGGUGUUUCUUGUUGCCCAGGUGUGUCCUGUUAGAUUAACUGUUUAAACGAUUAAAAGCUCUGAAUGUCUACUCUUGGUUUGAGCCCUGGAUUUUGCCCGUGAAGGCUGCAUUUGUUGUUAAAAAGGAUAAACCAACAUGAAACCCCAGAGAGUUGUCUAUGGGAGAUAAGCAAGCCAGUUUGAAUCUGAGAAAAGAAGGAAAAAUCAAUCAGAGCCAUUGCGCAAGUAUUGGGCAUAGCCAAUACAAGAAGUUGGAAUGUCCUGAAAAGGAAAGAAACCACUGGGGUAUUAACAACCAGACAUCGAACAGGUCGGCCAACGAAAACAACAGCAGUUGAUGACAGAAGCAUUGUGAGAGCUGUGAAGAAAAAUGAGAAAAACAAACAAAAAGGUUUCAGUGACAUUAACAACCUCCACAGCGCAGGGAUGAAGGUAUUACGAUCCACCGUUCAAAGAAGACUUCGAGAACAGAAAUACAGAGGCCAUACCAUGACUGGCCAUGUCAAUCACCAGAAAUUAACUAAAUUAAGCAUGCAUUUCACCUUACCUUAUAGACUGAAGGGAGAAACGCCCCAAAAAAAUCAACUAUUAACUCUCUUGUUCCUAUACUUUUGCUCACAAAAAACUGGUUGGUCUGCCACCAAAGGUGCCAUGUUCUAAGUCGUUUAACGCAUCUAGAUGUAAAUAUUAGGGAAUGAAAUUCUCAGCUAUCACCUCAUAUUCAUCUUUUGAUCUCAAACCCAAAUGUCUUCAGUGUAUAGCAAAAACAAAAGAAUUGGCCUUGCUGUUCCAAUACUUUCAGAGAGAACUGUAUAUCUGAGAUAUGCCCUAGGCCUAUCGACCGCUGUAAAUAUAAAAUAAACAGACCAUAACAAGUGAUCUGCGCAAUGGCAUCCUUCUAUCAGUAGAGCAGCUGCAUGGGGACAUGGUCCAAACAGAGAGAGUAAAGGCAUCCUAUCAGGUAAUACUGGAAAGCGAGGACAACCAACUUGAUCAGAAAACAUUCUUUUGUCAGUGACUUAUGAGCAGGGAGUUUCCUGCUAAUGUACAGUCUUUACCUUCCAUCACCUAGGACAAAACAGCCCUGAACCCUCUGUCCAACACCUAGGUCUGCAAUACAAGGGGAAAGACAAAUUAGGUGAGUGAAGCAAUUGCUGCUAUCUUUAAAAAAAAAUUUGAGGAUGCCCAAGAACCAAAAUGAAUUACUGCAUGAUGUACCACCAUCUGUACUGCUGCAAACUGAUUGGUUCUCCUUUGGGAGAUUACCCGUCUCUUGCAUCGCGGAUAUUAUUUGCUUUAUUGAAGUGCCGUGAUAGUGUAACAGGUUAUUUGGUGUGUUUUCCAUGUGUCCAAGCUUGAAGGGCCCUUGCCACUUGGCAAGUAAAUUGAGCUGUAGGUCAAGAGCAAUACAAGGACCUUAUCUCCUUGUAAAAAUUGUCUCAAUAGUUGUUGAGCAGUUGUUUGCCGUCCCUGAACCUGCAGAAAAAUACCUAGUGUUGGGCUCUCAGGUGUAGGAUGUACUGAAUUUUGUUUUUACUGGGGGUUUGACUGUUUCCAGGUGUUCCUUACUCAUGUCCAACACACCCUGUGGCUUCUGCCUGGGAUACUUCCUGAUCUACAAUGAUACUGACUCCAACUAUUUAUUGCCAUCCGUUACACAUUAUCAAACAAACCAUGUUUUAAACAUUUUGUUAAAAUGUUCUACCAGCUUGACAUUACGUUGUCUGUUGGGAUCCAAGCUUAAGAGGCUAUAAGGACCAGUGCUUCAACUGGCUCUUUGCAGAGACUGUCCACAUAGAUCCCACUUAUGGAUACUGCAUCGCAUAAUCCACUAGCCACAAUAGGAUAUGGUACCCUGGUGCUGAACAGGCUAGUGGCUCCACAACAGCCAAGCCAAUUCUUUCAAAUUGGAUAUUGAUAAGAGGGAGCAGCCACAACAUCUCCUUUGGGAUGGCUAAUGGAUUUUCCAGUGUAACAGUCACGGAAUGAUGCACAUCACUGACAAAUAUCAACAGUUAACGGGUUGUAGUGUUUUAUUUGCCCCAGUUGAUGGUAACAGUUUCUCCAGUUUUAGUGUCUCCAAGUCAUUCUGUAUAAUGUAGCUUAAAAAAAAGCUUAAAAAGUGUGACACACUCGACAGGACAUACUGACUCUAGCUUUUUGACUUGUU